AUGACGCUUUUGGACUCGGUGUGUGAAGUCCUGGUGUCUGACUCCCGCGUGCUCAGGUCCAGCCCACAGCCGCAGCCGGGGCGGCCCGAGGUGGAGAGCCGGGAGGACGACUCCGUGACCCGAGGGCCCGAGGAGGAGAUCAUCCGGCCCCGGCCUCAGGGCUCCUCACCGGUCUACGAAUGUGUGGCUGAGGGUGCUGGCUUUGGAGUCCAGGACGAGGCUCCGGGCCGGCGCCGCGCCUCGGGGAGGCGGAGGUCGUGGUGGAAGCGGCUCUCGGGGGACUCACCGGCCUCCAGCAUGAGCCACCCCCAGGCCGCGCGGGAGACAGCAGAGGUGACGCUGCAGACGGAGGUGGAGGCGGGAGCCAGCGGCUACAGUGUCACGGGCGGCGGCACCCAGGGCCUCUUUGUCAAGCAAGUGCUGAAGGAUUCCUCAGCUGCCAAGCUCUUCAGCCUGAGAGCAGGAGACCAGCUGCUCAGUGCGACCAUAUUCUUCGAUGACAUUAAAUAUGAAGAUGCUCUCAAAAUUCUACAGUACUCGGAGCCCUACAAAGUUCAGUUCCACCUCAAGCGGAAACUCGCCGCCGGUGAGGAGGAGGCCUGGGCUGUCCACCCCCCUCCACAGGGCUGGAAGGGCCCGGAACAGCAGGACACGGAGGCGGCGGAGGCGUGCGCAGAGGCCCCCGCGAGGACGCUGGAGGCGGAUGGAGACCGGGAGAGGCUCCUCUCCACCCCCGGCGGAGGUCGAGGUCGGAGGUCGCAGGACAGGCUUUCUUGGCCCAAAUUCCCAGCCCUAAGGAGCCGGCGGGCGUCGGGACCCCGGCGCUCCCGCAGCUCCUCAGAGGCCCCUGAAGGCGGGGGCUCGCGCGGGGGGUCCCCAGCCGACACCGACACGGAGGCGCCGGAGAAGGCCGCGCCCGGCGGCCGCAGGAAGAGGUGCCCUCUGCCCCUGCGGCUCGGAAGGGGCUCUGAGCAGGGCCAGACGGGCCGGCGGGCCGGGGCCCCGGCGCACGCAGGGGUGCGGGAGCCGUCGGAGCCCGGGUAUGAGGAGCUGCCGGAGGCGGAGAGGGUGGCAGGUGGCAGACAGGAGGGCAGGGCCGAGGGGCGAGAGGCCGCGCCCGCGCAGAGCUCACACCGGCCCGCGGAGUCGAGCCUCGCCGUUCCCGGAGAGGAGGAAGGCAGGGCGGCCGGGCCGCAGAGGGCGCCGCCGCCGGGCGAGGCAGGCGGCUGGCCGGCCCCGGGAUCGCGUGGGGAGGACGGGGGGGCGGCGGCGCAGGGCCCGGGAAGGAGGAUCGCCAGGCCGCCUCCGCGAGGUGACCCGGAGCACGGAGACACACGGAGCCCGCCUCGGGAAGCCCGGGUCCGCAUACGCCCUCUCAAGACACCAACGUUUGGAUUUUCCCAAGAACGAGGCACGUUUGCUCACGAGCAGAGGCCUUGGGGAGGGGGGACCGCACUGCCCGAAGGAGAGGAGGGAUGGGGCGCCUCCAUCCCCCCGGCAGGAGGGCCGGCACAGGAGGGAGGGCCGGCGGGUGGAGGGCCGGCGGGCGGAGGGCCGGCAGCCCCCGCCAUGGCAGGGGAGGAGACCCGCGAGGACCCAAGCCCAGCGAGGAGGAAAACGCCCAGCUUCAAGAUGCCCUCCUUCUCAUGGUCGCCCUCAAAAGAGGUAGGAACGGGCGACAGAAAGCAAGCCCAAGAAAAGGAGAGGGAAACAGGGGAAAGAAGAAGGGACAAGAAAAUAGCAACGGGCUUAGAUAACAUUGAAGACAAAAACACAUACGGGAAAAACGGAAGUGAAAUACACACCGGCGUAAUAGAAAAACAAGGAGAACAAAAUAGGAGCCUGACAAAAGAAAGCGGCCCGUAUAGCAGAAGUGAUGAAAACACAAUGAGCGUGGGGGUGGACGCUGAGGGCCCCGGUGUCAUGCUGGACAGCGCGCUACCCGUGGGGGACAAGGAUGGGGCCACCACAGACAGCAAGUUCAGAACGCCCGGGAUCAAGAUGCCGUCCUUCGGAGGGCUGGGCCCCCACAAGCCCACAGAAGGGGCGCGGGAGGAGUCGAUACCCAAGGUGCAGGGACACUUAGGCUUGCCCUCAGUCCAGGGGGACGUCAAGACCCCUGAGGCCAGAAUUCAGCUGCUCUCUGCCGAUCCUAAGGCCAAAGCCAACCAAGUGAUAAUUGAGUUGCCCGAGGGCCAGCUACCCCAGGGAGACACGGAUGGCCAGCCUGGGGGAGCCAGUAUCAAAACCCACCUGCCCAAGGUGCAGAUGCCCAGCCUGAGGAUGCCCAAAGUGGACCUCAAGGGCCCCAAGCUGGACGUGAAGGGCACCAAGUUUGAGGCGGGUGGCCCUGAGCUGGAGUUGGCUCAGCCUAGUGUGGAACUCCAAGCCCCUGGUCCACAGCUAGAGGGGGACCUUGCUCUGGGGGACAAGGAGAUACCCACCAAAGACAGCAAGUUCAAAAUGCCCAAGUUCAGGAUGCCGUCCUUCGGGGUGUCAGUGCCUGGGAAGCCCUCGGAGGGUGCAAUAGAAGUUUCUGCCCCCAAGGUGCAGGGAGAUGUAGAUGUUCCCACCUUCCACGGAGAAGUGAAGACUCCUGACGUCAGUGCUCAGUUGUCCUCUGUUGAACUGGAGGCCGAGGCUGGCCUGGUGACUGAGAAAGAGUGUGAUGACCAACAUCCUGCGACAAAACUGUCAGGCCGUCGGCCAAGCUUUAGUCUCAAAGGCCACCUGCCCAAGGUGCAGAUGCCCAGCCUGAGGAUGCCCAAAGUGGACCUCAGGGGCCCCAAGCUGGACGUGAAGGGCACCAAGGCAGAGGCGGGUGGCCCUGAUCUGGAGGUGGCUCUUCCCAGCGUGGAGGUGGACCUCCAAGCCCCUGGUGUCCAGUUGGAGGGGGACCUUGCUCUGGGGGACAAGGACGAGGUGGCCAAAGACAGCAAGUUCAAAAUGCCCAAGUUCAAGAUGCCCUCCUUUGGGGUGUCAGUGCCUGGCAAGGCCUCAGAGGGCACUCUAGAGGUGUCCACCCCCACGUUGCAGUGUGACGUGGGUCUACCAUCAAUCCAGGGGGACCACAAGACCCCUGAAGUCAGUGUUCAGCUGCCUCCUGCAGAAGUGGAGGCCAAAGCCGACCAGGUAACAAUCAAGCUACCCGAGGAAGACCUGGCUGUCCAGCCUGGGGGAGCCAGUCUCAAGGGCCACCUGCCCAGGGUGCAGAUGCCCAGCCUGAAGAUGCCCAGAGUGGACAUCAAGGGCCCCCAGGUGGACAUCAAGGGCCCCCAGGUGGACGUGAAGGGCACCAAGGCUGAUGUCCCUGAUCUGGAGGUGGCUCUGCCCAGUGUGGACGUGGACAUGCAGGCCGCUGCUGCCCAUCUGGACCAGGACCUCACGCUCGAAGUCAAGGAUGUGGACACCAAAGGAAGCAAGUUCAAAAUGCCCAAGGUCAAGAUGCCGUCCUUCGGGGUGUCAGUGCCGGGGAAGCCCUCGGAGGCUGUGCUGGAGGUGUCUGUGCCCAAGGUGCAGGGCGGUGGGGAGCUGCCCUCGUUCCAUGGUGAACUAACGAGCCCUGGGGUCAGCCUUCAGCAGCCCGCUGUGGAUUUGGAGGCCAAGGCUGGACAGAUGUCUGUGCAAUUGCCCAAGGGCCAGCUGCCUGAGGGGGAGCUCGAUGGCCAGCUGACCGGAGCUGGCCUCAAAGGUCACCUUCCCACGGUGCAGAUGCCCAGCCUGAAGAUGCUCAAGGUGGACAUCAAGGGCCCCCAGGUGGACAUAAAGGGCCCCAAGCUGGAUGUGAAGGGCCCCAAGGCAGAUGUGGGUGUCCCUGAUCUGGAGGUGGCUCUGCCCAGUGUGGAGGUGGACCUCCAAGCCUCUGGUGUCCAGUCGGAGGGGGACCUCGCUCUGGGGGACAAGGACGAGGUGGCCAAAGACAGCAAGUUCAAAAUGCCCAAGGUCAAGAUGCCGUCCUUCGGGGUGUCAGUGCCUGGGAAGCCCUCGGAGGGUGCAAUAGAAGUUUCUGCCCCCAAGGUGCAGGGAGAUGUAGAUGUUCCCACCGUCCACGGAGAAGUGAAGACUCCUGACGUCAGUGCUCAGCAGUCCUCUGUUAAACUGGAGGCUGAGGCUGGCAUGGUGACUGAGAAAGAGUGUGAUGACCAACAUUCUGCGACAAAACUGUCAGGCCGUCGGCCAAGCUUUAGUCUCAAAGGCCACCUGCCCAAGGUGCAGAUGCCCAGCCUGAGGAUGCCCAAAGUGGACCUCAGGGGCCCCAAGCUGGACAUGAAGGGCACCAAGGCAGAGGUGGGUGUCCCUGAUCUGGAGUUGGCUCUGCCCAGUGUGGAGGUGGACCUCCAAGCCCCUGGUGUCCAGUUGGAGGGGGACCUCGCUCUGGGGGACAAGGACGAGGUGGCCAAAGACAGCAAGUUCAAAAUGCCCAAGUUCAAGAUGCCGUCCUUUGGGGUGUCAGUGCCUGGCAAGGCCUCAGAGGGCACUCUAGAGGUGUCCAGCCCCACGUUGCAGUGUGAUAUGGGUCUACCAUCAGUCCAGGGGGACCUGAAGACCCCUGAAGUCAGUAUUCAGCUGCCUCCUGCAGAAGUGGAGGCCAAAGCCGACCAGGUAACAAUCAAGCUACCCGAGGAAGACCUGGCUGUCCAGCCUGGGGGAGCCAGUCUCAAGGGCCACCUGCCCAGGGUGCAGAUGCCCAGCCUGAAGAUGCCCAGAGUGGACAUCAAGGGCCCCCAGGUGGACAUCAAGGGCCCCCAGGUGGACAUUAAGGGCACCAAGGCAGAGGUGGGUGGCCCUGAUCUGGAGGUGGCUCUGCCCAGUAUGGAGGUGGACCUCCAAGCCUCUGGUGUCCAUUUGGAGGGGGACCUCAGUCUGGGGGACAAGGACGAGGUGGCCAAAGACAGCAAGUUCAAAAUGCCCAAGGUCAAGAUGCCGUCCUUCGGGGUGUCAGUGCCUGGGAAGCCCUCAGAGAGAACGAUGGGGAUUUCUGUGCCAAAGGUGCAGGCAGAUGUAGAUAUUCCCACCGUCCAUGGUGAAGUGAAGACUUCAGACCUCAGUGUUCGGCUGCCCACUGUUGAACUGGAGGCCAAGGCUGGACAGAUGUCUGUGCAAUUGCCCAAGGGCCAGCUGCCUGAGGGGAAGCUCGAUGGCCAGCUGACCGGAGCUGGCCUCAAAGGUCACCUUCCCACGGUGCAGAUGCCCAGCCUGACGAUGCCCAAAGUGGAAAUCAAGGGCCCCCAGGUGGACAUCAAGGGGACCAAGCUGGACGUGAAGGGCACCAAGGCAGAGGCGGGUGUCCCUGAUCUGGAGGUGGCUCUGCCCAGUGUGGAGGUGGACCUCCAAGCCCCUGGUGUCCAGUUGGAGGGGGACCUGGCUCUGGGGGACAAGGACGAGGUGGCCAAAGACAGCAAGUUCAAAAUGCCCAAGUUCAAGAUGCCGUCCUUUGGGGUGUCAGUACCUGGCAAGGCCUCAGAGGGCACUCUAGAGGUGUCCACCCCCACGUUGCAGUGUGACGUGGAUCUACCAUCAGUCCAGGGGGACCUCAAGACCCCUGAAGUCAGUGUUCAGCUGCCUUCUGCAGAAGUGGAGGCCAAAGCCGACCAGGUAACAAUCAAGCUCCCUGAGGAAGACCUGGCUGUCCAGCCUGGGGGAGCCAGUCUCAAGGGCCACCUGCCCAGGGUGGAGAUGCCCAGCCUGAAGAUGCCCAAAGUGGACAUCAAGAGCCCCCAAUUGAACAUCAAGGGCACCAAGCUGGACGUGAAGGGCACCAAGGCAGAGGUGGGUGGCCCUGAUCUGGAGGUGGCUCUGCCAAGUAUGGAGGUGGACCUCCAAGCCUCUGGUGUCCAGUUGGAGGGGGACCUCAGUCUGGGGGACAAGGUCAUAGUGGCCAAAGACAGCAAGUUCAAAAUGCCCAAGUUCAGGAUGCCGUCUUUCGGGGUAUCGGUGCCUGGGACGACCUCAGAGAAAGCAAUGGAGGUUUCUGUGCCAAAGGUGCAGGGAGAUGUAGAUGUUCCCACCGUCCACGGUGAAUUGAAGACUUCUGACCUCAGUGCUCAGCUGCCCGCUGUUGAACUGGAAGCUGAGGCUGGCCUGGUGACUGAGAAAGAGUGUGAUGACCAACUCCCCACGACAGAACUGUCAGGCCGUCGGCCAAGCUUUAGUCUCAAAGGCCACCUGCCCAAGGUGCAGAUGCCCAGCCUGAAGAUGCCCAAGGUGGACAUCAAGGGCCCCCAGGUGGACAUCAAGGGCCCAAAGCUGGACGUGAAGGGCACCAAGACUGAGGCAGGUGGCCCCGAUGUGGAGGUAGCUCUGUCCAGUGUGGAGGGGGACCUCCAAGGCCCCAUUGCCAAGCUGGAGGGGGACCUCAUUCUUGGGGACAAGAAUGUAGUUGCCAAAGACAGCAAGUUCAAAAUGCCCAAGGUCAAGAUGCCAUCCUUUGGGGUGUCAGUGCCUGGGAAGCCCUCGGAGGGUGCAAUGGAGGUUUCUGCACCCAAGGUGCAGGGAGAUGUAGAUGUUCCCACCGUCCACGGAGAAGUGAAGACUCCUGACGUCAGUGCUCAGCUGUCCUCUGUUGAACUGGAGGUCGAGGCUGGCCUGGUGACCAAGGAGUGUGAUGACCAACUCCCCACGGCAGAACUGUCAGGCCAUCGGAGAGGCAUUAGUCUCAAAGGUCACCUUCCCAAGGUGCAGAUGCCCAGCCUGACGAUGCCCAAAGUGGAAAUCAAGGGCCCCCAGGUGGACAUCAAGGGGACCAAGCUGGACAUGAAGGGCACCAAGGCAGAGGUGGGUGUCCCUGAUCUGGAGGUGGCUCUGCCCAGUAUGGAGGUGGACCUCCAAGGCUCUGGUGUCCAGUUGGAGGGGGACCUCAGUCUGGGGGACAAGGACAUGGUGGACAAAGACAGCAAGUUCAAAAUGCCCAAGUUCAAGAUGCCGUCCUUUGGGGUGUCAGUACCUGGCAAGGCCUCAGAGGGCACUCUAGAGAUGUCCAGCCCCACAUUGCAGUGUGAUAUGGGUCUACCAUCAGUCCAGGGGGACCACAAGACCCCUGAAGUCAGUGUUCGGCUGCCCUCUGCAGAAGUGGAGGCCAAAGCCGACCAGGUAACAAUCAGGCUACCCGAGGGCCAGCUACCCAAGGAAGACCUGGCUGUCCAGCCUGGGGGAGCAAGUCUCAAGGGUCACCUGCCCAGGGUGGAGAUGCCCAGCCUGAAGGUGCCCAAAGUGGACAUCAAGGGCCCCAAGCUUGACGUGAAGGCCCCCAAGCUGGACGUGAAGCAUACCAAGGCAGAGGCGGGUGUCCCUGAACUGGAGGUGGCUCUGCCUAGCGUGGAGGUGGACCUCCAGGCCCCUGGUGCCCAGGUGGAGGAGGACCUCAUUCCUGGAGGCAGGGAUAUGGUGGCCAAAGACAGCAAGUUCAAAAUGCCCAAGUUCAAGAUGCCAUCCUUCGGGGUGUCAGUGCCUGGGAAGCCCUCAGAGAGAACAAUGGGGAUUUCUGUGCCCAAGGUGCAGGGCGACGUGGAUGUUCCCACCGUCCAAGGUGAAGUGAAGACUCCUGACGUCAGUGCUCAGCUGCCCGCUGUUCAACUGGAGGCUGAGGCUGGCCUGGUGACCAAGAAGGAGUGUGAUGACCAACUCCCCUCGGCAGAACUGUCAGGCCGUCGGCCAAGCUUUAGUCUCAAAGGUCACCUGCCCAAGGUGCAGAUGCCCAGCCUGAAGAUGCCCAGAGUGGACAUCAAGGGCCCCCAGGUGGACAUCAAGGGCCCCCAGGUGGACAUCAAGGGCACCAAGGCUGAUGUCCCUGAUCUGGAGGUGGCUCUGCCCAGUGUGGACGUGGACAUCCAGGCCGCUGCUGCCCAGCUGGACCAGGACCUCACGCUCGAAGUCAAGGAUGUGGACACCAAAGGAAGCAAGUUCAAAAUGCCCAAGGUCAAGAUGCCGUCCUUCGGGGUGUCAGUGCCGGGGAAGCCCUCGGAGGCUGUGCUGGAGGUGUCUGUGCCCAAGGUGCAGGGCGGUGGGGAGCUGCCCUCGUUCCAUGGUGAACUAACGAGCCCCGGGGUCAGCCUUCAGCAGCCCGCUGUGGAUUUGGAGGCCAAGGCUGGACAGAUGUCUGUGCAAUUGCCCAAGGGCCAGCUGCCUGAGGGGGAGCUCGAUGGCCAGCUGACCGGAGCUGGCCUCAAAGGUCACCUUCCCACGGUGCAGAUGCCCAGCCUGACGAUGCCCAAGGUGGAAAAAGGGCCCCAGGUGGACAUCAAGGGGACCAAGCUGGACGUGAAGGGCACCAAGGCAGAGGCGGGUGUCCCUGAUCUGGAGGUGGCUCUGCCCAGUGUGGAGGUGGACCUCCAAGCCCCUGGUGUCCAGUUGGAGGGGGACCUGGCUCUGGGGGACAAGGACGAGGUGGCCAAAGACAGCAAGUUCAAAAUGCCCAAGUUCAAGAUGCCCUUCUUUGGGGUGUCAGUGCCUGGCAAGGCCUCAGAGGGCACUCUAGAGGUGUCCAGCCCCACGUUGCAGUGUGACGUGGGUCUACCAUCAAUCAAGGGGGACCUCAAGACCCCUGACGUCAGUGUUCAGCUGCCUUCUGCAGAAGUGGAGGCCAAAGCCGACCAGGUAACAAUCAAGCUACCCGAGGAAGACCUGGCUGUCCAGCCUGGGGGAGCCAGUCUCAAGGGCCACCUGCCCAGGGUGGAGAUGCCCAGCCUGAAGAUGCCCAGAGUGGACAUCAAGGGCCCCCAGGUGGAUAUUAAGGGCCCCCAGGUGGACGUGAAGGGCACCAAGGCUGAUGUCCCUGAUCUGGAGGUGGCUCUGCCCAGUGUGGAGGGGGACAUCCAAGUCCCCACUGCCAAGCAGGAGGGGGACCUGUUGGAGGAGGACCUUGCUCUGGGGGACAAGGAGAUACCCACCAAAGACAGCAAGUUCAAAAUGCCCAAGUUCAAGAUGCCGUCCUUCGGGGUGUCAGUGCCUGGGAAGCCCUCAGAUGGUGUGCUGGAGGUGACUGCACCCCAGGUGCAGGGAGACCUGGGCCUUCCCUCCUUCCAUGGUAAAGUGAAGACCGCUGACCUCGGCGUUCAGAUGCCCUCUGCCGAGGUGGAGGCCAAACCCGGCCUGGAGACCAUGAAAUUGCCUGAGUGCCAUCUGCCUGAGGGAGGGCUGAAAGCCCAGCCAGCCAGAGCAGGACUCGAGGGCCACCAGGCCAAGAUGCAGAGGCCCAGCCUGAAGAUGCCCAAAGUGGGCAUCAAGGGUCCUGAGGUGCACAUCAAGGGCCCCAAGCUGGACUUGAAGGGCCCUAAGCAUGAAAUGGACACCCCUGAGGAGGAAAGGGUGCUGCCCAGCCUGGAUGUGGACACGGAGACCCCUGGUGUCCAGUUGGAGGGGGACCUCAGUCUGGGGGACAAGGACAUGGUGGCCAAAGACAGCAAGUUCAAAAUGCCCAAGUUCAGGAUGCCGUCCUUCGGGGUGUCGGUGCCUGGGAAGCCCUCAGAGAGAACGACGGAGGUUUCUGCACCCAAGGUGCAGGGACACUUAGGCUUGCCCUCAGUCCAGGGGGACGUCAAGACCCCUGAGGCCAGCAUUCAGCUGCUCUCUGCCGAUCCUAAGGCCAAAGCCAACCAAGUGAUAAUUGAGUUGCCCGAGGGCCAGCUACCCCAGGGAGACCCGGAUGGCCAGCCUGAUGGAACCAGUAUCAAAACCCACCUGCCCAAGGUGCAGAGGCCCAGCCUGAAGAUGCCCAAAGUGGACCUCAAGGGCCCCAAGCUGGACGUGAAGGGCACCAAGGGUCCCAAGCUGGACGUGAAGGGCACCAAGGCAGAGGCGGGUGGCCCUGAUCUGGAGGUGGCUCUGCCCAGCGUGGAGGUGGACCUCCAAGCCCCUGGGGUCCAGUUGGAGGGGGACCUUGCUCUGGGGGCCAAGGACACAGUGGACAAAGACAGCAAGUUCAAAAUGCCCAAGUUCAAGAUGCCCUCCUUUGGGGUGUCAGUGCCUGGCAAGGCCUCAGAGGGCACUCUAGAGGUGUCCACCCCCACGUUGCAGUGUGACGUGGAUCUACCAUCAGUCCAGGGGGACCUCAAGACCCCUGAUGUCAGUGUUCAGCUGCCUCCUGCAGAAGUGGAGGCCAAAGCCGACCAGGUAACAAUCAAGCUCCCUGAGGAAGACCUGGCUGUCCAGCCUGGGGGAGCCAGUCUCAAGGGCCACCUGCCCAGGGUGCAGAUGCCCAGCCUGAAGAUGCCCAAAGUGGACAUCAAGGGCCCCCAGGUGGAUAUCAAGGGCCCCCAGGUGGACAUCAAGGGCCCCCAGGUGGACGUGAAGGGCACCAAGGCUGAUGUCCCUGAUCUGGAGGUGGCUCUGCCCAGUGUGGACGUGGACAUCCAGGCCGCUGCUACCCAGCUGGACCAGGACCUCACGCUCAAAGUCAAGGAUGUGGACGCCAAAGGAAGCAAGUUCAAAAUGCCCAAGGUCAAGAUGCCGUCCUUCGGGGUGUCAGUGCCUGGGAAGCCCUCGGAGGCUGCGCUGGAGGUGUCCGUGCCCAAGGUGCAGGGGGGCGGGGAGCUGCCCUCGUUCCACGGUGAACUAACGAGCCCUGGGGUCAGCCUUCAGCAGCCCGCUGUGGAUUUGGAGGCCAAGGCUGGACAGAUGUCUGUGCAAUUGCCCAAGGGCCAGCUGCCUGAGGGGAAGCUCGAUGGCCAGCUGACCGGAGCUGGCCUCAAAGGUCACCUUCCCACGGUGCAGAUGCCCAGCCUGAAGAUGCCCAAGGUGGACAUCAAGGGCCCCCAGGUGGACAUCAAGGAGACCAAGCUGGACAUGAAGGGCACCAAGGCAGAGGCGGGUGUCCCUGAUCUGGAGGUGGCUCUGCCCAGCGUGGAGGUGGACCUCCAAGCCUCUGGUGUCCAGUUGGAGGGGGACCUCGCUCUGGGGGACAAGGACAAGGUGGACAAAGACAGCAAGUUCAAAAUGCCCAAGUUCAAGAUGCCCUCCUUUGGGGUGUCAGUGCCUGGCAAUGCCUCAGAGGGCACUCUAGAGAUGUCCAGCCCCACGUUGCAGUGUGAUAUGGGUCUACCAUCAGUCCAGGGGGACCUCAAGACCCCUGAAGUCAGUGUUCAGCUGCCUCCUGCAGAAGUGGAGGCCAAAGCCGACCAGGUAACAAUCAAGCUACCCGAGGAAGACCUGGCUGUCCAGCCUGGGGGAUCCAGUCUCAAGGGCCACCUGCCCAGGGUGCAGAUGCCCAGCCUGAAGAUGCCCAGAGUGGACAUCAAGGGCCCCCAGGUGGACAUCCAGGGCACCAAGCUGGACGUGAAGGGUACCAAGGCAGAGGUGGGUGGCCCUGAUCUGGAGGUGACUCUGCCCAGUAUGGAGGUGGACCUCCAAGCCUCUGGUGUCCAUUUGGAGGGGGACCUCAGUCUGGGGGACAAGGACAUAGUGGCCAAAGACAGCAAGUUCAAAAUGCCCAAGGUCAAGAUGCCGUCCUUCGGGGUGUCAGUGCCUGGGAAGCCCUCAGAGGCUGCGCUGGAGGUGUCUGUGCCCAAGGUGCAGGGGGGCGGGGAGCUGCCCUCGUUCCACGGUGAACUAACAAGCCCUGGGGUCAGCCUUCAGCAGCCCGCUGUGGAUUUGGAGGCCGAGGCUGGACAGAUGUCUGUGCAAUUGCCCAAGGGCCAGCUGCCUGAGGGGGAGCUCGAUGGCCAGCUGACCGGAGCUGGCCUCAAAGGUCACCUUCCCACGGUACAGAUGCCCAGCCUGAAGAUGCUCAAGGUGGACAUCAAGGGCCCCCAGGUGGACAUCAAGGAGACCAAGCUGGACGUGAAGGGCACCAAGACUGAGGCAGGUGGCCCCGAUGUGGAGGUGGCUCUGUCCAGUGUGGAGGGGGACCUCCAAGGCCCCAUUGCCAAGCGGGAGGGGGACCUCAUUCUUGGGGACAAGAAUGUAGUGGCCAAAGACAGCAAGUUCAAAAUGCCCAAGGUCAAGAUGCCAUCCUUUGGGGUGUCAGUGUCUGGAAAGCCCUCGGAGGGUGCGAUGGAGAUUUCUGCACCCAAGGUGCAGGGAGAUGUAGAUGUUCCCACCUUCCACGGAGAAGUGAAGACUCCUGACGUCAGUGCUCAGCUGUCCUCUGUUGAACUGGAGGUCGAGGCUGGCCUGGUGACCAAGGAGUGUGAUGACCAACUCCCCACGGCAGAACUGUCAGGCCAUCGGAGAGGCAUUAGUCUCAAAGGUCACCUUCCCAAGGUGCAGAUGCCCAGCCUGACGAUGCCCAAAGUGGAAAUCAAGGGCCCCCAGGUGGACAUCAAGGGGACCAAGCUGGACGUGAAGGGCACCAAGGCAGAGGCGGGUGUCCCUGAUCUGGAGGUGGCUCUGCCCAGUAUGGAGGUGGACCUCCAAGCCCCUGGUAUCCAGUUGGAGGGGGACCUCGCUCUGGGGGACAAGGACAAGGUGGACAAAGACAGCAAGUUCAAAAUGCCCAAGUUCAAGAUGCCCUCCUUUGGGGUGUCAGUGCCUGGCAAGGCCUCAGAGGGCACUCUAGAGAUGUCCAGCCCCACGUUGCAGUGUGACGUGGAUCUACCAUCAGUCCAGGGGGACCUCAAGACCCCUGAAGUCAGUGUUCAGCUGCCCUCUGCAGAAGUGGAGGCCAAAGCCGACCAGGUAACAAUCAAGCUACCCGAGGAAGACCUGGCUGUCCAGCCUGGGGGAGGCAGUCUCAAGGGCCACCUGCCGAGGGUGCAGAUGCCCAGCCUGAAGAUGCCCAAAGUGGACAUCAAGGGCCCCAAGCUUGACGUGAAGGCCCCCAAGCUGGACGUGAAGCACACCAAGGCAGAGGCGGGUGUCCCUGAACUGGAGGUGGCUCUGCCUAGCGUGGAGGUGGACCUCCAGGCCCCUGGUGCCCAGGUGGAGGAGGACCUCAUUCCUGGAGACAAGGAUGUGGUGGCCAAAGACAGCAAGUUCAAAAUGCCCAAGUUCAAGAUGCCAUCCUUCGGGGUGUCAGUGCCUGGGAAGCCCUCAGAGAGAACGAUGGGGAUUUCUGUGCCCAAGGUGCAGGGCGACGUGGAUGUUCCCACCAUCCAAGGUGAAGUGAAGACUCCUGAACUCAGUGCUCAGUUGCCUGCUGUUCAACUGGAGGCCGAGGCUGGCCUGAUGACCAAGAAGGAGUGUGAUGACCAACUCCCCUCGGCAGAACUGUCAGGCCGUCGGCCAAGCUUUAGUCUCAAAGGUCACCUGCCCAAGGUGCAGAUGCCCAGCCUGAGGAUGCCCAAAGUGGGCCUCAAGGGCCCCCAGGUGGACAUCAAGGGCCCCCAGGUGGACAUCAAGGGCACCAAGGCUGAUGUCCCUGAUCUGGAGGUGGCUCUGCCCAGCGUGGAGGUGGACCUCCAAGCCCCUGGUGUCCAGUUGGAGGGGGACCUGGCUCUGGGGGACAAGGACGAGGUGGCCAAAGACAGCAAGUUCAAAAUGCCCAAGUUCAAGAUGCCCUCCUUUGGGGUGUCAGUGCCUGGCAAGGCCUCAGAGGGCACUCUAGAGGUGUCCAGCCCCACGUUGCAGUGUGAUAUGGGUCUACCAUCAGUCCAGGGGGACCUCAAGACCCCUGAAGUCAGUAUUCAGCUGCCUCCUGCAGAAGUGGAGGCAAAAGCCGACCAGGUAACAAUCAAGCUACCCGAGGAAGACCUGGCUGUCCAGCCUGGGGGAGCCAGUCUCAAGGGCCACCUGCCCAGGGUGCAGAUGCCCAGCCUGAAGAUGCCCAAAGUGGACAUCAAGGGCCCCCAGGUGGACAUCAAGGGUCCCCAGGUGGACAUCAAGGGCCCCCAGGUGGACAUUAAUGGCACCAAGGCAGAGGUGGGUGGCCCUGAUCUGGAGGUGGCUCUGCCCAGUGUGGAGGUGGACCUCCAAGCCUCUGGUGUCCAUUUGGAGGGGGACCUCAGUCUGGGGGACAAGGACAUGGUGGCCAAAGACAGCAAGUUCAAAAUGCCCAAGGUCAAGAUGCCGUCCUUCGGGGUGUCAGUGCCUGGAAAGCCCUCAGAGAGAACGAUGGGGAUUUCUGUGCCAAAGGUGCAGGCAGAUGUAGAUAUUCCCACCGUCCAUGGUGAAGUGAAGACUUCAGACCUCAGUGUUCGCCUUCAGCAGCCCGCUGUGGAUUUGGAGGCCAAGGCUGGACAGAUGUCUGUGCAAUUGCCCAAGGGCCAGCUGCCUGAGGGGAAGCUCGAUGGCCAGCUGACCGGAGCUGGCCUCAAAGGUCACCUUCCCACGGUGCAGAUGCCCAGCCUGAAGAUGCCCAAGGUGGACAUCAAGGGCCCCCAGGUGGACAUCAAGGGCCCCCAGGUGGACAUCAAGGAGACCAAGCUGGACAUGAAGGGCCCCAAGGCAGAUGUGGGUGUCCCUGAUCUGGAGGUGGCUCUGCCCAGUGUGGAGGUGGACCUCCAAGCCCCUGGUGUCCAGUUGGAGGGGGACCUCACUCUGGGGGACAAGGACGAGGUGGCCAAAGACAGCAAGUUCAAAAUGCCCAAGUUCAAGAUGCCCUUCUUUGGGGUGUCAGUGCCUGGCAAGGCCUCAGAGGGCACUCUAGAGGUGUCCAGCCCCACGUUGCAGUGUGACGUGGGUCUACCAUCAAUCAAGGGGGACCUCAAGACCCCUGACGUCAGUGUUCGGCUGCCUUCUGCAAAAGUGGAGGCCAAAGCCGACCAGGUAACAAUCAAGCUACCCGAGGAAGACCUGGCUGUCCAGCCUGGGGGAUCCAGUCUCAAGGGCCACCUGCCCAGGGUGGAGAUGCCCAGCCUGAAGAUGACCAGAGUGGACAUCAAGGGCCCCCAGGUGGAUAUUAAGGGCCCCCAGGUGGACGUGAAGGGCACCAAGGCUGAUGUCCCUGAUCUGGAGGUGGCUCUGCCCAGUGUGGAGGGGGACAUCCAAGUCCCCACUGCCAAGCAGGAGGGGGAUCUGGUCCAGGGGGACAAGGAGGUGCCCACCAAAGACAGCAAGUUCAAAAUGCCCAAGUUCAAGGUGCCGUCCUUCGGGAUGUCGGUGCCUGGGAAAACGGCAGAGAAAGCGAUGGGCAUUUCUGUGCCUAAGGUGCAGGGCGAUGUGGAUGUUCCCACUGUCCACGGUGUAGUGAAGACUCCUGACGUCAGUGCUCAGCUGUCCUCUGUUGAACUGGAGGCCGAGGCUGGCCUGGUGACCAAGAAGGAGUGUGAUGACCAACUCCCCUCGGCAGAACUGUCAGGCCGUCGGCCAAGCUUUAGUCUCAAGGGCCACCUGCCCAAGGUGCAGAUGCCCAGCCUGAAGAUGCCCAGAGUGGACAUCAAGGGCCCCCAGGUGGACAUCAAGGGUCCCUCGCUGGACAUGAAGGGCACCAAGGCCGAGGCGGGUAUCCCUGAGCUGGAUGGGGCUCUGCCUAGCAUGGAGUUGGACCUCCAAGCCCCUGGUAUCCAGUUGGAGGAGGACCUUGCUCUGGGGGACAAGGAGAUACCCACCAAAGACAGCAAGUUCAAAAUGCCCAAGUUCAAGAUGCCGUCCUUCGGGGUGUCAGUGCCUAGGAAGCCCUCAGAUGGUGUGCUGGAGGUGACUGCACCCCAGGUGCAGGGAGACCUGGGCCUUCCCUCCUUCCAUGGUAAAGUGAAGAACGCUGACCUCGGCGUUCAGAUGCCCUCUGCCGAGGUGGAGGCCAAACCCGGCCUGGAGACCAUGAAAUUGCCUGAGUGCCAUCUGCCUGAGGGAGGGCUGAAAGCCCAGCCAGCCAGAGCAGGACUCGAGGGCCACCAGGCCAAGAUGCAGAGGCCCAGCCUGAAGAUGCCCAAAGUGGGCAUCAAGGGUCCUGAGGUGCACAUCAAGGGCCCCAAGCUGGACUUGAAGGGCCCUAAGCAUGAAAUGGACACCCCUGAGGAGGAAAGGGUGCUGCCCAGCCUGGAUGUGGACACGGAGACCCCUGGUGUCCAGUUGGAGGGGGACCUCAGUCUGGGGGACAAGGACAUGGUGGCCAAAGACAGCAAGUUCAAAAUGCCCAAGUUCAGGAUGCCAUCCUUCGGGGUGUCGGUGCCUGGGAAGCCCUCAGAGAGAACGAUGGAGGUUUCUGCACCCAAGGUGCAGGGCGAUGUGGAUGUUCCCACCGUCCACGGUGUAGUGAAGACUCCUGACGUCAGUGCUCAGCUGUCCUCUGUUGAACUGGAGGUCGAGGCUGGCCUGGUGACCAAGAAGGAGUGUGAUGACCAACUCCCCACGACAGAACUGUCAGGCCGUCGGCCAAGCUUUAGUCUCAAAGGCCACCUGCCCAAGGUGCAGAUGCCCAGCCUGAGGAUGCCCAGAGUGGACCUCAGGGGCCCCAAGCUGGACCCGGAAGUUCCCACCGCUGAGGCAGGUGCUCCUGCCCUGGAGGUGGCUCUGCCCGGUGUGGAGGGGGACAUCCAAGCCCCCGGUGCCCAGCCGGAGGGGGACCUGGCCCCCGGGGACAAGGAGAUGCCCGCCAAAGACCGCAAGUUCAAAACGCCCAAGUUCACGAUGCCGCCCUUUGGGGUGUCGGUGCCCGGGAAACCCUCGGAGGGCCCUAGUGGGCUGUCGGCACCCAGCGUGCAGGGCGACAGUUGCCCGCCCUCCGUCCAGGGGGACCCGAAGGUCCCCGAGGUCAGCGCUCCGCUGCCCUCCGCUGACCCGGAGGCCGAGGUCCCCGGUGUGAUGGUCAGCCUUCCCGAGGGCCCCUUUCCCGACCCGCACGCUCCACCCGCUUAUGUCCGGGUGUCUUUUCCUAAAUUCCAUAAGCCCAAGUUCGUGGUCCGCAGCCCCGACGGGCACUGGGGCAGCGCGGGUGUGGGUCCCGAGGGCUCCGCCGGGGUCCCCUCCUACGAGGUCCCCGGCCAGCCCGCCUCUCCCCCGCCCCGAGGGCCUCUGCCGCCGAAGGCUUCCCGCGCGGACGUGCCGGCCCGGGUCUCUGUGGUGAGCGACCCCGUGCUCGCCGUCCGGUUCCCCACGUUGAAGGUGCCCCGGUUCUCGUGCCCCGCCCCCGCCCCCGCCCCCGAGGCCCUGUUCUUUCCAGGGGUGAGGGACGUGGAGUCCCGGGCCGGGCAGGACCCCCCCGGGCUCCGGGGGGCCGACGCCGAGGGCGGCGGGGAGCGGCCUGCGGACCUCGCCUGGCGGGCGCCCCCGGUGUCUAGAGUCAGGGUGCACCUCCAGGGGGCUCCGGGCGAGGGUCAGGGGGUCGUCCUGCGCGGCACCGUGACGCACGCGCGUGCCCGCCCGGCCACCGCGGGGGCCUUCUCCACGCAGAUCGUGCGGGAAUCGGAGAUCCCCAAAUCCGAGACGCAGACCCCUUCCUACGGCUUUUCCUUGCUGAAGGCGACGGUCCCGGCGCCCUCCCCGCGGGCGGACCCGGGUGGGGCCACCCCGCGCGGAGCCCCCCCGCCCGCAGAGCCGUGGGAGGCGGUCCCCGCCGGCGCCGGCCGCCCGCCCGCCCCCGGGGCGCCCGCCGACGAGGAGCCGGCAGGAGUCCGGGAGCUCCCGGACAGCCCGGCGGCCGGGACCCCGCCGGCGGGCGAAGCCCGGGCUCCGGGGGAGAAGCCGCGGGGGUUCUCCUCGCCGGCCGGGGGGAGCCAGAGCCCCGAGGUCGGGGCCCGGCCGGGGGCCGACGAGGACGCCGCCACCUUCCAUGACGCGCGCGAGAGCUUCUCCCCGGAGGAGGCGCGGGGGGCCGGCGGGGCCGGGGGCGCGGCGGGCGCGGAGCCGGACGGGGAGGCCGGCGGGGAGCCCGCGCCCGGGGCCCCGUGA